AUGAGUAACCCGUAUGAUGACGAAAAUUUGCCGAUACCCCCCAACAUCUUCCCCUUUUUAAAUUUUAGACUAAUAACCCCUAGAGACAUUUUAGCAGUUGAAUAUAUUCACCACAAACUAUUUCCCAUUCGUUAUGAUCAUAUUUUUUAUGAAAAAAUUUGUAAAGAAGAAGAGGGCCCUGAAACGAUUACUAGUAGUGAUGGUUUAAAUUCUGAUUAUACGAAUAAGUGUGUGAAUAAUGACUUUUACUCUAUGAUGGAGUGGAAAGCUGAACACAUAAUCGGUAUAGGUGUGUUUUACAAGCAAAUUGAUAAACAUAUUAAUUUUGGCGAUUCUAAUGGUCUAAAUCAACGAUUCCAAGAUCUAAAUUUUAAAGAUUUGGAUUGUGAAUCCAGAAAUGGUUUCAAAGAAUAUGGAAAUCAACUCCUAGAAUCCGAACAGGAAAUAGGAUCAGCGGGAGAAAAGUCAUCGCAUAGAAUAUCUAAUUCAUUUCUAGUAGGUGAUGAAUACCUAAUUGGUGUCAUUACAUUCUUAAUGAACUUCCCGGAUGAGAACUUUUUAGAUGCUGAUAAAUCAGAAUACCAAAAGUUUCAUAAUCAUUACCAGCAUUUAAUCAGCCAAACAAAUACAAGUUGCAAAUGUAGAAAAGUCAACACUGAAUUUGUGAAUUUGAGCAUUUAUAAUAUGUUGAUUAAUUGUUUGUAUUCAAAUGAUGCGCUUAUAAACAGAUUAACCAAAGUAUUGUAUAACAAGCCACUCGAGAGUGUAUACAUCCUUACAGCCGGCGUGAUUGAUUCUUUUCAGCGUAAGGGUAUAGGUAGCACUUUGGUAUUAUUUGUACAAUUGCUUUUUCAACGUGCUCUUUAUCACAAAGUACUUACAUUCACUAAUGGCACCGUAACAUGGGAGCCCAGUUGUCAAACUGAAAAUUUUGAAAAAGAAAUGCCGCCAUUUAUCUACUUGCACGUUAUUGACUACAAUGAAGCUGCAUUGAAGAUGUAUUAUAAUGUUAACAUGGUGAAGAUAACUACUGUAAAAAACUAUUAUACCCUAGAUCAGGGUAGUUACGACGCGAAUAUACUAGGCUGUUACAUUGAACCGCAACAAUAA